AUGAGUUCCCUCUGCCAACCAGAGCAGGUUUAUUGGUGCGACGGAUCACAAGAGGAAGGGAAAAAAAUGACCGAGCUUCUGGUGGCCGCCAGAACUUUCACUCGGCUAAACCCGGAGCGACGUCCCAAUUCUUUUCUAGCGCGUUCCUCGCCUGGUGAUGUCGCCCGAGUCGAGGACCGCACCUUCAUCUGCACGAAGCGCCCCGAUGAAGCAAGCCCCACCAAUCACUGGGCGGAAUCCACUGAAAUGCUCGCCCUCAUGCAUCAGAAAUUUGAAGGCUGCAUGAAGGGGCGCACCAUGUAUGUCAUCCCCUUCUGCAUGGGCCCUAUCGACUCCCCCCUCGCCAAGAUCGGCGUGCAGGUCACGGACUCUCCCUACGUCGUCGUCAACAUGCAGAUCAUGACCACGAUGGGCGCCUCGGUGCUCCAGAGACUGGAAGAGGAAAAAUCUGGAACCGCUCCGGCCAGGCGACACGGCCACAGCUUUUUCAUUCCCUGCGCCCAUAGCGUCGGCAUGCCGCUCGAAGCUGGGCAGAAAGAUAUUCCCUGGCCCUGCAAUGACGAGAAAUACAUCUGUCACUUCCCGGAGUCUCGUGAAAUCUGGUCCAUACGGAUCAGGCUAAGUGGAAAUGCCCUGCUUGGUAAAAAAUGCCUCGCCCUGCGGAUCGCCUCGAACAUUGCCCGCGAGCAUCACUGGAUGGCAGAGCACAUGCUCGUCCUCGGCCUAGAAUCUCCCGAAGGUGAGAAAACCUAUGUCUCCGCCGCUUUUCCCUCAGCCUGUGGAAAGACCAAUCUCGCCAUGCUCGUCCCGCCGAAAAAAUACGAGCAAGCUGGGUGGAAAACAACCAUCAUCGGAGACGACAUCGCUUGGCUCUGGCCUCAUGAAGAUGGCACCCUCCACGCAAUCAACCCCGAAGCCGGCUACUUCGGCGUCGCCCCCGGCACAUCCUACAGCACCAAUCCCAUCGCGAUGGACUAUGAAGAAAAUACCAUUUUCACCAAUGUCGCCCUCACCGAUGAAGGCGAUGUCUGGUGGGAAGGACUGACCUCGGAAAAACCAGCUCACCUCAUCGACUGGAAAGGAAACGAUUGGACCCCGGAAAGUGAAAGCCCCGCCGCGCACCCCAACGCCCGCUUCACCGCACACGCCUCGCAGUGCCCCACCAUCGAUCCCGCUUGGCAAGAUCCCGAUGGAGUCCCGAUUUCCGGCAUCAUCUUCGGAGGUCGCCGCCCCACCACCAUGCCGCUCGUCUAUCAGGCCUUCAACUGGUCACACGGUGUCUAUAUCGGCGCGACCAUGGGUUCAGAAGUCACCGCCGCCGCGAUCGGACUAAAAGCCGGCGUGCGUCGUGAUCCCUUCGCCAUGCUCCCCUUUACUGGCUAUAAUAUGGGCGACUACUUCGGGCACUGGCUGAACAUGCGAAACGAAAUUAAAAACCUCCCCCGCAUGUUUCACGUCAACUGGUUCCGCCUAAAUGAAGAUGGAAAAUUCCUCUGGCCAGGAUUCGGCGAAAACAUGCGCGUUCUCGAAUGGAUCGUCAACCGCUUGCAAGGCCGCGCCAAAGGCCACGAGACUCCCAUCGGCUGGAUCCCUCGCUUCACCGACUUCGACACCGAUGAUCUGGAGACUUCCACGAGGCAAACUUCAACGAAUGCAUGGCUUACAACUCAGAUGAGUGGAAAAACGAACUCCUCUCCCAAGGCGAACUUUUCCUCAAGCUCUACGAUCACUUGCCGAAAGAGCUCAUCUUCCAAAAAGAAUUACUGGCAGCGAGGCUCAGCUAAAUUCUGUAUCACUUUUAGCGUCUCCCCGGCUUGA